AAACAGUUUACCAAAAGCAAAAAACAGAAAGAAAGAACUAAUAUAAGCAUCAUCUAUGAUUGAAAAAGUAAGUAUAAUGGUGAUAAAGAGAAAUAGAUUUAAUUUUUGGAAUUUUAUUUAUAUGCCUUUAUGAGGCUGAUGUCAGGACAGAGACUGGAAAAUUAGCAGGGAGUUGACAAAUGAAACAAUAUUGCUAACUAGUUUAAUUCAAAUAUGUUAAGAGAAUGGUUUUAGAUUCUAUCAAAUGUUUCUUUAAGAAUAUGAAUUAACAGAGACAGAAUACCUUUUAAACAUCUUUAGAUCACAUUGUAUAGAUAAGAAGAUCAGGAAUUACAAAGUUAUUUAUUGAAACUCAAAGGAUUGUAUAAGUAAUAAAAUGCACUCUGAAAAACAGUAAGUAGAUUUAAAUUUUUUGAAUUUUAGAACUAUAUCAGGAAAAUGGGUCUCAGAUUAUGAAUUAGAAGAAAGAAUCAAGAGUAAACUUAACUUAGUGUCAUUUAACUUCAAAAUCUUAAGAUCUAGAAUGUUAAAUAAGGAGAAGAAAUUUCUGAUUUCGAAGCAGGCUUUGAAUUUGAUUGGUCCAAUAUAGAGAGAGUCUAUGAAUAAAUUAUGAAUAAGGAGCCUAUUCUUAGCAAAUAGAAAUUGUUUAAAGUUUUGGAUAAGGAUUUUUGUGAGAAAAUGAGUAAUGGCCAGAAAAUUAAAAUUUUAUAUGGAUGCUAAGGUGCCAUAGCCCAAAUUAACAUAUGAACUGUCCUAAAAUCUGAGGUGAAG